AAAGAUGAUAGAUCCAGCUGAUAUUAAGCCUUAGUUCAGAGGAAUGGAGUGAAGUUUACCGAUUAAUUUAUAAUUCUGUCGAGUCACAGAGUCUCGCUUUCUGGGGGUGCCAGAGUGGACGAGAUGAGCUCGCUUACUCUCUUCUCGUAUCUUCCAUCUCUUUCUCCUUCGAAGCUCGAUUCCUCCAAAACUUUGAUUUUAUCCAACAACGAUUUCUUCUCUGGUAGGAACACUAAAUGCCUUUCCUACUCAAAAAGGAAUUUUAUGACACGAAUCAUUUGUUGUUCCGAUAAGAGCUCCACUAAUUCUUUUCCCGCACCGGAAGACCGCUCGAGCUUCUGCAUUAUAGAAGGACCAGAAACUGUUCAAGAUUUUGUUCAGAUGCAGCUGCUAGAGAUUCAAGACAAUAUAAGGAGUAGGCGGAACAAAAUAUUUCUUCUAAUGGAAGAGGUUAGAAGACUACGGGUACAACAACGCAUAAACAAUGCCAAGAUUAUUGAUGAUAGCAGCGAAGAGGCAAAUGAGAUGCCUGAAAUCCCAUCAUCUAUUCCCUUUCUCCCUCAUGUGACACCAAAGACGUUGAAACAGCUCUACUUAACAAGCUUUUCAUUUAUAUCUGGGAUAAUCAUAUUUGGUGGUCUUCUUGCUCCCACAUUGGAGCUGAAACUUGGCUUAGGAGGCACCUCAUAUGAAGAUUUUAUACGCAACAUGCAUUUGCCGCUACAGUUAAGUCAGGUUGAUCCCAUUGUAGCAUCCUUUUCUGGUGGGGCCGUGGGUGUUAUUUCAGCUUUGAUGUUAAUUGAAGCCAACAAUGUUGAACAACAAGAGAAGAAAAGGUGCAAGUACUGCCAUGGAGCUGGAUACUUGGCUUGUGCCCGAUGUUCUGCUUCUGGAGUAUGUUUGAGUAUUGAACCAAUUUCAACAUCCAAUGAUUCAGAUCGUCCAUUGUGUCCACCCACAACUCAAAGGUGUCCAAACUGCUCUGGAGCUGGGAAGGUAAUGUGCCCUACAUGCCUGUGCACUGGAAUGGCUAUGGCAAGCGAACAUGAUCCUCGGAUAGAUCCAUUCGAUUAAAAAGGACUGGGUGCUGAUGUUCGAUGACAUUUAAGUCCAAUGGUUUCUCUUUGUAAUUAAACAGUAAAUAUAUAUCCCUGGAAAGACUUGUUGUCCCUCAGAUAUUUUUUUCUUUAAAGUUUUUAUAAUUAGUUAUCAGAUAAAUAAUUUUAAACGAUCCUUCAAAGAGUAAGGUGCUAGUGUGUGUAUCGGUCUUAUUGUGCUUCA